GAAAACCAGGUCUUUGAAGGGCUAUGCGGAAGCCGCAUGGUCGUAUUCGUAAUCAGCAUGGUCGAUAACCUAUAACCCACUAGAUUCCGAGCAAAAAGCGUUUAAUCACUUCGUGGGGUUCCCUCGUUAGUAGAUAGAAGAUGUUUAUUUAUUUCGGAAAUUAAGUAUCUAAAAAGAUGUUUAUUUUUUAGAGAGCUGAACGUGAUGAAAAAAGACGUGCUAGAGAAGAAGAAAAACAGAAAAAGGACGCAGAAAAACAGAAGAAACAAGAGGAAAAACAAAAGAAAGAAGAAGAAAAACAAAAAAGAGAAGAAGAAAAACAGAAAAAACUAGAAGAAAAACAAAAAAAAGACGAAGAAAAGCAAAAGAGUGAACAGCUUAAAAUAGCUUAUAGAAAAAUGCUUGAAGAAGAAAAGCAAGCAAAAGAUGCUGAAAAGCUUAAAAGAAUGGAAGUUAAACUACAGAAACAAAAGAAAGAAGAAAAAGAAAAGAAAAGUAUGGAAGAUCGACUGAAAAAUUUCCUUAGAAAACCGUCCAUUGUUUCACAAGUUGCGGAGCAAGUUAUACAGUUGCAAAGUGAGAACAAUGGUGGUGAUAUAAAUGAUUUUGAACAACGUGUUUUAAAACAAGAUCUAAAUGUUUUGAAUUAUACAAUCAAAGAUAUUAUUUCAGCACAGUCGGGACUAACAAAAGAUCAACAAAAUUCGUCAGAAAAAGUGAGCAGUGAUAAUGUUGAUAUGAAAUAUAUUCACUUUCCAAAAAAAUAUUUUAUUCGUCCACCAUAUUACGGUACAUUUAGUAAAGGCAGGUUAAUUCUCGUCGAUGCUACAGAACCAUAUGCAGUUGUUGAUAAUACAAUUGAUUAUGAUGAUGAUUCUGUCCUUGAAUGGGACGAUGGAGAAGAAGCCGAAGAUUGUGAAGGUUCUGAUAUCGAUCAAACAUCUAGUGUUGGAAGUGAUGUAGCCGAUGAAGAUGAUGAACUAUUUAUUUCAACAAUUCAGUUAAAACAAGGGCGUGAAGCAGCUAAAUCAAGCGUAUGGGACAGAAAUGUUCAAAAAAAGAAAUCAUUACGUGAUUUAAAACCAAUAUUUGGCUGUAUUUAUGAUAAUAAAUAUUUAUCAGAUCAAGAAAAAUUGAAGGAAAUUAGUGAAUGUCAACAGUAUAAAAUGAUAGUAGUACCAGCAGAAAAAGCGAAUAAUUCAUGUGAAGAAAAAUCUGCAAAAGUAUCUGUAACGCCCAAACAACGACAAAGUCAAACAAAGGAUAAAAUACCAUUCAAAUCACAAACGAAACGUUCCUCUUCAAAUAAACCAGCAGUUGAAUCACCUUCAAAACGUCGUAAAAUCAAUGUUUCAAAAGCACAUAGCGAUGGAACAGCAACGUGUGACAAGUAUUUGAUGACAAUGGAAUAUGAAGAAAAUGUUUUUAAAAUCGAUGGUGGUGGUGAUAGAGAAGAUCAAAAAUCGAAAUCAAAUAUAUUAGAAGAUACAAGUAAUUCGAAGCUUCUUCUAACAGCGGAAUCGAUCGAUUGUCAAGCAAAACAUUUUCGUACGAUGUCAGCUGAUUGUGAUAAUAUGAAUUUACAGUGUUCUGUAAAUUCAGCUGAUGCAACAAUAGACAGUUUUGUUCAAUCAGUGCCACUAUCCCCACCAUUGGUUACAGUAUUGGUUGCAAGACGAAAAAACUGA